AUGCCUGAAGGUGCAGAGUCUCCCCCGCCCGAACGUCAGACCGGCGCCCAGCUUCAUGAUACCCCUGCCUCAGGAAAGGGUACAGACAGCUCCGAAAAUAAGGAAGAGGUCAACAAGUCCGGUCUUGAGAAUUUGACCUCAAACCCCAAGGGCCCAAUGGAGGAUGCGCUGGAGCAGAAGUUUGCAAAGACUCAGAAAUAA